CGAAAUUUCUGCAAGAAAAUAAACACGAAUCGAAAGUUGAAAUUCCAUUCAUAAGGUCAUGUCCUCAUCGGAAUCUGAUUCAGCAAAUGAAUACCAUUUGAGAAGCUCACAAGACUUGUUCUUGGAUAGUCCCAUUUCUGUGAAACGCCUAAGGCAAAGACUUAACACACCUGAGCCCGAGGAAGCAUGUGAUGUUAUUGUAAUAAGUUCUGACUCGGACACUGAGACACAGCCCCCUGAAACCGACAAUUUUGAACGUUCAUCCUGUUCCAGCAAACAUAAAUCAGCAUCUUCUGAUUUGAGUCUGGACUUUGGUGAGUCUGAAACUGAUCAACCAGUUCCGAAGCGCCCACAUAGAGUACGGGAACCCAGGAAGCCUCUCAAACAGCCGCCAAGCAGGCCUGUGUUACCGAGACUGUCAAUUUCUACUCCAUCCUCCAGCAGGACCUUCUGAGGCACACAGAAUCACCAUUGGACACCCCAUCCACAUCAAAGCAGUAAAGGAGAAAACUGACCAUCGGGAGUGUCGCCACAGGGCUGAAUUGUGAUUAUUUUUCACUAUAUUUAAGUGCAUAUAGACUAAUUUUUAGAAGAUUUGUGUUGUGUUUGGUUAAUAUCAUGUUAUAUUCUUGUUAUAUAUUGCGAAAAAUGCAAGAAAGUAUAGCUGUGUUUGUUUGCUAGAUAAAAAAAGACCUGGAACCGUUUUUUGGAGUCAU